CGAGGGCGGGGAAUGGAGGCAGGGAGCCAGUGCUCUCUCUCUCUCUCUCUCUCUCUCUCUCUCUCUCUCUCUCUCUCUGUAAUAACAUUUCUAACAAACGCUGAGAGCUGGCAUGGAGUAGACUGGCGGUGAAAUACACGUGAUGCUGCCCUCGUCCAGGCCUCGGUGCGUGCCCGCGCUCCUCUCUCCAUGGUAAGCGGACAGCCGAAGAAGCUCGAGGCGGUUGAAGGUAUGGAGGCCCCUGUUUCUCAGACGCACACUCUACACACUCAGCAGCAGCACAAGAAACGACCCGAGGACUUCAAGUUUGGCAGAAUCCUCGGAGAAGGCUCUUUCUCAACCGUGGUUCUAGCAAAAGAGCAUUCUACAGGAAAGGAAUAUGCAAUCAAGAUUCUGGAGAAGCUGCACAUCAGGAAGGAGAAUAAAACACACUGUGUGAAAAGGGAGAGGGACAUCAUGUCGAGCAUAGAUCAUCCCUUUUUCGUAAAGCUCUACUUCACAUUUCAAAAUGCUGAAAAGUUAUAUUUCGGACUUAGUUACGCAAAGAACGGUGAACUACUCCGCUACAUUCGCAAAAUAGGCUCUUUCGAUGAGACCUGCACACGCUUUUACACCGCAGAAAUAGUCUGCGCUCUUGAGUAUCUACAUUCAAUAGGAAUAAUUCACAGGGACCUGAAACCAGAGAAUAUUUUACUGAACGAGGAGAUGCACAUUCAAAUUACUGACUUUGGAACGGCGAAGCAGUUUUCUUCUGAUAGCACUCAAACAAGAGCAAACUCUUUUGUCGGAACUGCGCAAUAUGUUUCUCCAGAACUGCUGACUGAAAAAUCAGCAUGUAAAAGUUCGGACCUUUGGGCUCUCGGCUGUAUAGUUUACCAACUGGUGGCGGGAUUGCCCCCCUUCAGAGCAGCGAAUGAAUACUUAAUAUUCCAGAAGAUAAUAAAACUGGAGUAUGAAUUUCCAGAGAAAUUCUUUCCCAAAGCUAAGGAUCUGGUGGAGAAACUAUUAUGUUCGGAGCCCACCAAGCGUCUAGGGUGUGAGGAGAUGGGAGGCUACAAUCCCCUGAGAGCCCACGCGUUCUUUGAGAGCAUCUCUUGGGAGAACCUCCAUCUGCAGACUCCUCCGAAACUCACCCCGUACCUGCCAGCCAUGGCCGAGGACGAGGAGGAGUACUACGGCAAUUAUGAUGACCUCCUGAGUCAGUUCAGCAGCAUGGAGGUGGUCCACUCCAGUUCCUCGCAGGCUCUCUCGGUGCCGACCACGUUGCUGCCCCCGAGAUCCACCAGCAACAUCGAGCAGUACAUCCAUGACCUGGAUAACAACUCCUUCGAGCUGGACCUGCAGUUCUCCAGCGAGGAGAAGCAGCUGCUGUUGCAGAAGCAGACCAGCAGGAACCCCUGGCACCAGUUUGUUGAAAACAAUUUGAUACUAAAAAUGGGACCAGUUGACAAAAGAAAGGGCUUGUUUGCUCGUCGAAGGCAGCUGCUACUGACCGAGGGGCCGCAUCUCUACUACGUAGAUCCUGUGAAUAAAGUCCUCAAAGGGGAGAUUCCCUGGUCUCCUGAACUGCGACCGGAAGCCAAGAACUUCAAGACUUUCUUUGUCCACACGCCACACAGGACAUAUUAUUUAAUGGACCCCAACGGUAACGCGGACAAAUGGUGUAAGAAGAUCCAAGAAGUCUGGGGAAAGAUUUACCACAAUCAUCAGACUACAGACAUGUAGAGAGAGAGAGAGGGAGAGAGAGAGAGAGAGAGAGAGAGAGAGAGACAAGGCACAUCCUCAUGAAAUGAGCCUUUUAUUAGUUAAGCAUCUCUAAAGACUUUGGCAAGAACAGCAUUUCAAGAUUAAGUUAAAUGUACAUUCUGUAGCAGGCUUGUGCGAUAUGGAUUUUUUUCCUUAAACGAGAUUUUCCAUUUUAAAAUAUUGCGAUAAACGAUUUAAUCAUCACUAAAAAAAAGACAAGAGAAUGAUCAUUUCCACCAAGGAGGGUGUAAUAGUAAUAUAUAUACACAUAUACAUAAUAGUAAUAUUAUCAGCUGUGCAGUCGGGAACUGUGGCCAUCGUGAAAACUCAGCUGGAUGUUGCAGUAAUACGCAGUAAACAGUAAAAAAGCUAUAUAUAUAU